AUGAAGAACUGGGAAUGUGACUGCGAGGACUUAUGGCAACAAAGUACUGGUUUGUUCGGCAAGCCAGCCACCACUGGAUUCGGUUCGACACCCGCUAGUACCGGCUUUGGUGGGUUUGGUGGUGGACUGUUCACUGCAAAGCCGCAGCAGACCACAGCACCCACUUUUGGCACAUCUGCACCCUCUGCAUUCGGAAAUUUGUCAACUGGUUUCGGUACGAACACCUCGAGUGCCGGUUUCUUCAGUAACUUUGGCAAACCGAAUACUACGCCCAUGUUGGGUGGACAGACACAGAAUACUGGUUUUGCGACAGGUCUGGGUGGUGGUCUGGGUACAUCGUUCCAGGCGAAGCCGGCGGCAGCACCAGCGUUCAGCAAUCUUGGCACAGGCUCGUUGUUUGCUCAGCCGCAGCAGAAUAAUACCUUCAGGACUGGUCUAGACAGCGGUCUUGGCAACAGCAUGUUUGGUACAACCCCCUCUCUGGGCACCGGCUUGUCGCUUGGAGGAUUCAAUGCUAACACCACGCCUGCACUCGG